UAUUUGUCCUCAGGUACAACGGAUGACAAAGGAUUGAAUGGAUGCACCAACAAGAUCACUUAUUGAAAUGGAUAAAGAAAACAAAAUUUCAAAUUUUUCAUCAGACAUCAGAUGUAGUCCAUGUUUAUUUGAAGGGAAAACAAACCAUGCAAUCAAGUGGUGUAAAGAAUGUCAAGAAGGUCUCUGUAAGGAUUGUUUAGAUAAUCAUAGAGCACUUGUUUCCGCAAAGAAACAUAAAGUGAUUCCAAUCCAAGAGUACGUUUUAACCUUAACCCAUAUAUCACCAUCAGAGGUAAAUACGAACUGUGCCGACCAUGGACGGAAGUUAGAAUUGUUUUGUCCAGCUCACGAUGAACCGGUUUGUACUAUAUGCAUUCCUGAAAAACAUCGGCAUUGCGAGAAUUUCAUUCCUAUCAAGGAAAUAGCAGAACACUGGAAGCGUUCAGAAGCUUUCCAGGACAUUAAGAACAGCUUGUCAGACACAAAGCAUAACAUUGACAAUAUAAUAAGUACCUGUUUGGAAAAUAAAACCUCUUUGACUUUGGGCAAGGCUUCAAAACAACAAGACAUGAAAGCCUUGCGUCGUAGGGUUAAUGAAUAUCUAGAUGGACUAGAGAUUAAAAUGCUACAGAACAUGGAAGAAAGAUACAAAGAUUGUAUUAAGGAAAUAAAUAGUUCACUUACAGAUAUAGAACACUACAAAACAGAUAUUUUAAAACUUAACAGUGAAAUCGAUCGUAUGAAAAAUUUAACAUCAAAGGAAAAAUGUUUUCUCGGAACACGGAACAUUGAAAAAAAGAUUAUAAAAUUAAAGAGAAAUUUAGAAAAUCGGAUGGAUGACAUGAGAAAAUUUGAAAUAUCAUUGUCAUUUGACCCUAUUUUUGCAUCAUUAAGAACAAUGACUGCAUCGUUGGGGACAGUGCAAUUUGAAAAACUCCCGAUGUCGGUGGAAAUGCGAGAUUGUAAGCAUCGACAGGCCCAAAUUCCAAUUCCAAGACCACAUUCGACGCAGGCAAACACUAUUUUAUCCCAAAAACAAAAAAUAGAAGUUCUACCAAAUAUGCAAAAUCAUCUUGUAACAGGUUGUUUAAUACUUCCAAAUGAUUUAUACUUGUUUGUCCAUCGGAAUGGAAACUACCUCGUUAUACAAGAUAAAACUGGAAACGUAAAUAGUACAGUUAGUAUUUCUGGUAGUCCGUAUGAUGUAGCUAUACUUGAGGAUAAACACAUGGUCAUUUCAUAUGGAUCUUUAGCUUAUAUUGAGGUUGUUGAUCUUUCUAAUGACCAGCUGACAAAACGAAUGCCUGUUAAUGGACAUUGUUCUGGUAUCUGUUGUUUUCGCGGAAUUAUUUAUGUUGCUGUACGACAAAAAGGUAUAUGUACUUUAUCUAUGGGUAAAAAUGUCAACAUUCUGAUCAGAUGCAUCACCUUUGAUGUUGGGUAUGUGGCUGCUUCAAGCGAAAAACUGGUAUAUACCGACAGUAAACAUAGAUCAGUCCAUUGUCAUGAUCUUCUUGGAGUAGAGUUAUGGAAUAUAAUGCUUAAUGACAUGCAAUGUCCUCGUGGUGUUCAAAUUGAUAUAAGGGGUAACAUAUUGUUCUGUGACAGUAAAUCAAAUAAUGUAACACGUGUGCUCUCGGACGGAACAAAAAGACAAAUUCUACUCGAAACAUCUUCUGACUUAAAAGAACCAUUCGGAUUACACCUUGACGAAAGCAGAACACAUCUUUUAAUUUGCAACUUGUCUGACGGGCGUGCAUUUUCGUUUAAUGUGAAGUGAAAUACUCUGUUUAACUCAUCAUAAGUCAUAUUUUUGGUUUAGAUUUGUGCCAUGAAAUUAAAAGUUGGGUACGAAAUGCA